AUGUGUCAGAAGUUAAGUAAGUAUGCAACAAAAUUUGUUGGUCAAUUUAAAAGGAAAAAACAGGUCCUUCAAGUUCAUGUUAGUAUCCUUUGGGCAUCUAGUUUCUCACUCACUUUUUUGUUUUUUCAAUUUGUAGGACUUGAUUUUGAUGUGCACAUGAGUAUUUUUGUGUCACCAAUUGUGUUCCCUUUGGCCUUUUCCAUUAAUGGUAUGAUGCAAGAAUAUUUCAUUGAAGAAAAUGUAAAAUGGUUUCUGUGUUUGCAUAGCCUGAUGUAAACCACCGUGAGGUUGGGAGAACACAAAAUAAACAUAGGAAACCACGACGUGAAGCGGAGUGGUUUCCAGCUUAUCUCGUGUUCUCCCAACCUCCCAAGUGUUUACAUCAGGCUAUGUAAACACGGAAACCAUUUUUACAUUUCUUUUAUAAAAUAACUAAUGAAAGAGCCUCCUUUUCAAUGAAGGAAAGCGAGGUGCUUGUUGUUGUUGUUCAUUUGACUUUUUCGGCUGUUUCUUGAAUACUGGGAAAAUUAAACUCCAAAGAAAAAUUGGGAAAAUCUUCUUCCUUCCAUUACUGUACUCAAACAAACUUAAAGAAACUGAGUUACUGCUAAAUAAAUAGCAGGGAGAACUCCGUGGAGAAGAUUCAGUAUGAAAACUGUGUUUACAUACGUUCAUGUAAAAUGGUUUUAUGGCCAAUCAGAGCAUGCGUUUUCAUUUGAAUUAUUUUAUAAACGGCACUCUCAUGCAAACCAAGCAGUGUCCAUACUGAUAUCCUUAACUUAAAUCAUGAAACAUUCCCUUUGGUACCAGCAUAGAUUAAAACGAGAAUCAAAAUAAAUCACAUUAUGGUUUAAGUCCCUCUGACCCCUAAGAGUGACUAGCAUCUAAUUUCUCUUUACAUUAUGCCCCUGAAUCACACAUACAGGUUAUGAGAAUCUAAGAAUAUAAUCACCAAUUAAAGAAGCUCUUGGUUGUUUAACAAAUUCUCCUUGUCACCUCUGGAAGUGUAUAGAGAAUAUACAUACUCAUGCUUUGAUGAAAGGGUUAAGCAUCUAUGUAUUUAUUUUCUAGCUAUUCAGUUACAAGUUUACAAUGGUAUACUAAUAAUCAGUGAUGCAAUUAACAUUAAAAUCAGAAGGUUUGAGAUUCAAAUCUGAGUAGGGACUCAGAAUUUUUUCUUUGUGGCGCUAUUGAGACAUAUUUUGACAUCUUUCCUCUACGCUUCCUUUCAUUUCUGUUAGCUGAUUUCCAGCGUGAGAGAGAGUACUUUGAAGAUCUAGCACAGUUUAAAGGUGCUCUGUUGAUAUUGUUUUUUUGCCAUAGGGACUGGCUUCAUUCAGCAGGUAAUAUUUCUCAGUGCUUUAAGCAAGUGUUGUUUUUUUUAGAAAGGAUCAGUAUGAUGGACACUUUUAAUACUGGUAAAAUUUAUCUAAGUAACAAUUUGAUCAGUGGUUAGCUAAAAUUACAGCUAUUUUUCAUAUCUGUCAUUGAUAGUAGAGGAAUGAUUCACUGUAAUCAUUGUAUCCCUAGAGUAGUUAGUUGGUUACUUCGGAAAUGGAGAAAGUUUAGUAAAACACUCAGAGAGAGGUUUAGUGCUCUUAUCAAUGAUGUGCUGCUCUAACAAACGGUCAAAAUUUUAGUUCUCUCUCACUUGGUUUCUCACAUUCUCAAGUUCUGCAACAUAGUUGCCAAUUGAAGAUAGUUAUGUAUGAAAGUGGAUCCACUUGCUAAAACUAUUUUAGAUGAUAAUUAAAUCCCAGUAAAUUUAAGCUCUAAGAAUUAGCAUGAUUAUAUUUUUUUAAAAAAAGCAUCCUUUUCAAUUGUGUGGAGGUGUAACAGGCUGUAAAAAUGAUUUUAAGAGAGUCAUAAUUUUUAAGACCAACAGUAUUUUAAAAUGCCAUUGGUGUGUUAGCUUUUAGUGAUGGUCUUUUAAUUGUUUACAUUCAUUAACUGUAAUUUCAGGUUUACCGAAAAGAGUUUUUGAAAACUGUAAAUAACAAGUUGAAAGGUCUGGUAUUGAAUAUCAAAGAAUUUUUGUUAACUGAAAAACAUAUCAGGAGGAACUUUAUUCUCUCAGUAAGUUAUGUUUGUCUAUUACUUUUAACUUUAGAAAGUGUGAAUUAUUCUUUAAUUGGUGGUAAUUCAUUGUCUAUGUCUUAUGCCACCAAGUGUUACAGUGUCGAUGUAGAGCAGGGUUGUUCCUAGACAAAACUCAGAAUCGUCAGUAAACAACAACAAACUGUUUUAUUUCCGCGUAGUUGACUUCUUGUUUUUAUAGCACUAAGCUUCCUCGCAAAUCUCUCUCUGUUUGAUGGAACUGUCGCUCUUAUAUACAUAAAGUAUUAGGAUCUAGAAACUUCUCUAAAGAACUAAAUUUAGUAGAUUAACACGGUUUCUAAAUUUGAAUAAUUGUGUAAAAAACAGAACGUUCCAGAAUGUUCUUUUUACCAGAAGGUCACGUCUAGAUGACUUCGGUUCUAGAAUGUUCUAUUAGAAUGUUCUGGGACUUUACUUAGACAAUUUUUCGUAACACCAAGAUUAAGACAUUUUUCAGAGCUCUAAAAGGAAAUUUUUGGCAGUGUAUAGCUAUUUUCAUUCAUUCUUGUCCUUGGAUUUAUGUUGAAUAAUAGUCACUUUGGUCACAAUGUCUAACAUUUUGAAACAAAAUGGAGCUUUUGUACAGUAUCUCAAAGUGAGCUCAGGUUUGAUUUUCCUCUUGAUGAUUAUGGACUCUUUGUUAAAGAGUUUGAUUCUCUUUUGGUUGAUCUUAUGUCUGACCUUGCACAGCAUCAAGCUACAGGUCUUGGUGGUCAAGACAGUUUGUUUUGUAUGGCAUAGAUUAUGAAAGGAGGUGUGGUAUAAAUCCUUUAGUGACUUUCAAUGGAACAUCUUUUCUCCUUCUAGUUAACAAGGAAAUGUAAGAAAACUUGGAAGGGGAAGUAAGCAGUCCAUCAGAAGUCUCUUAGUGGCUUUACCCUGCAAUGCUUCAAUUGUAUUCUGAAAAUCUCCGUCCUUGGGACAAAAUUUUUACAAGCUGCAUCAAUUCAAACCAAUAUGAUUUCAGCAGGAAAUAGGGAAGAAUUGUAUCUCACAGAUUUCAAAGUUCCCAAAGUUCUAGAGAUCCAUUCCUUUCUCUCAUUUUUUCUUGUCACUAAACAUUCGGGGAUUUCAUGGGCAGUGAUUGCUCAUAAAUAUUUUCCCUUAUUUCCUGGGGCACUUCCAUUAGGCUUGCAUGUGCAUGUGUCAUCUUUUUUUCUGUCACAAGUGCUGAUGCAAGUGUUGGUGGCUAAUGAACAUAUCAAGGAGACAGUGAAACAAAGUAUGACAUUUCAAGCUGACAUAAUAAGGUUAAAUGACGUAUUUGUCGGCUAUAUUGAACUAGAGCUUAUUUACAUGUGUAAAUUUCAGGUUAUUUAUGAGGAUUUAAGUGACAUAAGCCAGCUGAAUGACAAGAUGAGAGUCUCAAGUUUGCCACACAAUGAACCUUUAAUAACCAGACUAAUUCACUAUCACAAGUAAGUCUUUGAAAAAUAAAUAGUAACACUGUUUCUCGCAUAGAAGUAUUGACAACUUACAAAUUCAACAUCAUUGAUAGUCUUUAAUAAGUUUAAGAGAAUCACAGAGCUUUGUGGGAAGUUUGUUCAUUGGUUUCAUUUUGAUUAAGUAACAGGACUUUAACCAAUCAGACUCUCACUACGCAGCUGUUCAAUUUCGAAAUCUCUCGUAUAAUUACAGUUAAAGUUGCAUUCCAUGCAGUCCAAUUACCUUUAUCACUAACAAUCCACAGUGUCCAAUCAGGUCUCAAAUUAGAUUACAGAUGUCCAUCACGUUCUAGAAAUUUCUUACAGGUUGGACUAAAUGAGGCCUCUUCUUACAUAUUAAUUCCAGCUUUACUAUUUAAUGCAUAAUGAAUUUUCUCACUUGUGGUACACUUUCAACUUACGAUCCUAAGCCUCAUGUGUCACGCAUUUGAAAGACUGCGCGUAAUCAGGGAAUACCGAUCGCCACGGACCAUCCGCUCCUUCACCAAAGUGUUUAUCUUCCUUAUGCCCAUCGUUCUCUCUCCGUACUAUGUUCAUAUGGGUAUCAAGUCGGGUAACACAUGGAGCCCGUAUUACAUUGCUGUGCUGACAUCGUUCAUAUUUGGAACAUUACAAGGAGUUCAAGAUGUCUUAGAUGAUCCAUUUGACGGCAUUAGUGAGGAUGAUAUUAACCUUGGACCGGUAAGAAAGUCAGUUCAGGUUUUUUUGGGGGGGCGUUCCCCGCUGUUUGAGGUAUUCAUAGAGCAAUUCUUAUGUUAUUGUCGAAAUAAAGUUGUACGUUGUUUUGCCUUUACUUUACUCCAUGAUUGGUUUAAAAACUUCCCACCCUCAACCAAUCAGACAAAAACCAAUCAGACGCAAAACCAAUUACGUAACGUAAUCCAAUCAGUCGUGUUUCACCCACCCUUAACUUAUUUUAGUUCGAGUUCUCAUGGUUUUUUUACAUGUGAUCUUUUUUUUCAUGUGAUCUUUUUUUUUUUUCCGAUUGGCUUUUGGGAUUACUUCGGUUUUGGUAUUACAUGUUCGUGAGGACACUAGAAAUCGUGCUAUCCUUCAGAGAUCUUGGGUUUGUCUCACAAUUAGGAAUUAAGGGUUAAGCCAAAGAAUACAAAUCUCCUGCUUUGUUUUGUGUUUUAUUUGUUUUUAAUUUGUUUGUCUUUUUAUUCAAGGGAUAUAGAGGUUAAACGGGUAUUAUUAUAGAAUAAUUUGGUUUUAUCAAAUGGAGUUGAUGAUGUAAAUUGGCCACCGUUAAGAUUUUAUAUAGCUUACGUUUCGUUCGCCCUUAAUAUUCUAAUCUUUCUCCUUUUCGAUUAGCUGGAAGACUGGACGUGUCAAUCGCUCCUCACAGAUAGAACAAUUACAGUCGGCCGCUUUACAGUGACAACAAAAGGACAGGAGGGCAGGAAAAUGGAGUAUAGUGAUAUUGAUGAGGACGAGGGACGAAGUCCCAUGCCCUCUCAUCCCGUCAAGGUGCCACAUAAACGAAAGUCUAUCCUGAGAAAACCGAGCUUCCGUAAAGAGGAGCACUUUGAAAACUGUGCUCAGGCCCAUCGAACAGCUCCCCUCUAUCCAGCAGCCGCUUCUCGCAUAGAGGAUCUGACCCGCCGUGGGCUCACCGGAAGCACCACGAUUCUUCCGGGGAUGAAGUUAAAGAGAUCUAACAGUGAUACCUUAACGGCGAACGCCUCGAGCGCGUCGCUUGGCCAGGAGUUUUGUAGAGCUCAAGAAGCAGACGGAAGUGGACGGGAUUCAAAGAGGGUGACGUUCUUGACCGAAAGUCGGGAUUUGUAUGAUGGCGACGAUGAAUCUGAACACGAUAACAGCGUUUUAGUUUCAACCAGGAGCCUCUCUGAUCCGCCAAAAUAUUCGCGACCAACUUGGAUGUCAGAUGAGAGCGAACCGUUGAUCUUGCUGGACAGCAGGUCUGGUUAUUCCGACAUGGGAACUAGUGCUCUUAACACACCUGAUAGGGAGAGAAAGAACCUUGGUUUAGAUUUCUACGAAGGACUUAAUAAGUCUCCUGGUACAAGCUUAGUCGAUGCUCGUAAGGUUAAAAAACAUAGCAAUCCACCUCUGGCGAAUUUGUUUUCGGUAAAUUCGGUUGAGUCAGCUGAUUGUGCUGACGGACCAGUUCCUCCUAAGCCAAACCAACCAAUAUCAAUGCCUUCAUCCUUACAAAACUUAUUUGGUCCACCCCAAAAUCAGAAGCUAGAGAAACCCUCCUCUGGUAGCAAGUCAUUUUCCUCUGAAAGACCACGCCCGUUCGCUCUUCCGAUGUCUCCCUUAGCACGUGAAGAGAGUUCAUCUAAUUCUCGUUCUUUUCCUGCACCUCAGGUCAGCCGCUCGGCUCCAUGUUCACCAGAGCAAGAAAGACGGAACACCCUCCGACAAAUUUCCGAUCCAGUGACCCUUCACCUGAAAAUGCAGCCGUGCUUCCUUCAAAACCAGGAACUCGCCAGCGGAAAACGUCAGCAAAUAUUCCGCUCUCGAAAAAUUCCAGCGAUUCACCAUCUGGAAAUUCCAGAUUUGCGGUCGAUACCACAUCACGGACUCCUACGGUGCAAGAAGCGGAGUCAUUGUUGUCACCUUCCAGAAGAAAAUCGUCAUCCGGAAGUUCAAGAUUGUUGGUUAGCUCUGAUCCGCAGGCCCCUGCGGUAA